UGGUUGGAAAUCGCUUGCCGGAUGCUGAUUGGCUGCUGGGUAGCAGUGAGGGUUAUUGUGUGAUCACGGUGUAAAGGCCCUGGCUCGGAUCGGCCGCUGGGGGGGGGGUUUCCCCCCAUCCCCUUUCCCGACGCCAUGCUGGGCACCUUCACGACGCUGCUGGGGACGCUGCUGGUGCUGAGCCGCAGCCCGCUGCUCUCCUGCCUGCUCACGGGCGGCCUCUACCUGGCGCUGCGGCUCUUCAGCCUGGAGCCCGUCUCCCUGCAGCGGGCCCAGCACGUUCUGCAGCCCCUCGGCACCGCCGCCCGCAUCGCCCACCGCGGCGGCGGCCACGACGCGCCCGAGAACACGCUGGCGGCCAUCAGACAGGCAGCUGAGAAUGGAGCCACAGGCGUGGAGCUAGACCUUGAAUUCACUGCAGAUGGCAUUCCCAUUCUAAUGCAUGAUGAUACAGUAGAAAGGACAACUGAUGGGUCUGGGAGUUUACGUGACUUUACAUUUGAAGAAAUUAGGAAGCUUAAUCCAUCUGCAAAACAUAGACUAUGGAGAGAUUUCCGUGGUGAAAAAGUACCAACUUUGAAAGAAGCCGUUUUGGAAUGUAUGCAUUAUAACCUCAUAAUCUACUUCGAUGUCAAAGGCCAUGCAAAUCAGGCAGUUGAUGCCCUAAAACUCCUCUAUCUGGAAUAUCCUCGUUUGUACAACAGUAGCAUUGUCUGCUCUUUCAUACCAGAGAUCAUCUAUAAGAUGAGGAAAUCUGAUAGGAAUGUUGUUGCAGCGUUAACACACAGGCCCUGGAGCCUUAGUCAUUUUGGAGAUGGGAAGCCUCGUUUUGAUUGCUUUUGGAAGCAUUAUGGAUAUAUGAUGAUGGACAUCAUUCUGGACUGGAGCCUGCACAACUUCUUGUGGUACCUGUGUGGGGUUUCAGCUUUCCUCAUGCAGAAAAAUUACAUUUCACAAGAGUAUGUGAGGCAGUGGUCUUCACGAGGCGUUCAAGUGGUUGGCUGGACAGUGAACACCUUUACAGAAAAAAUGUACUAUGAGACCAUCCUUGAGACCAGUUACAUCACAGACAGCUUGGUAGAGGACUGUGAUCCUCACUAUUAGACUUAUGCUGUAUGGGACUCUUAAAUAUGCCAUCCUGGUUCAGGCAGAUCGGAGUUCAGCACCAGAGGGCUCCAAAAAUGCAGAUGAAGCUGCAUACGUAGGUUGGGUUUUUUGCUUGUACUGUAUGAUUGGAUCUUUAAUCACAGCAAACCCUUCUGUCAUGCUACUAGACAGAGACUGAGUCACAAUCAGCAUUAGUGCUGGGGAGAAAUGUUGCGUGCCUCUCCUAUCAGUUUUGAUCAACUGAUUUGGUAACCAGUAGUACAGGCAGGUGGCUUAUAAGUCAUCUAAUCAAACUGUUUCUUUACUUGAUUUCAUCCUUGAUUUUAAGUCGUCAGCAGCUUUUGAAGGCCUAAUUUUAAACUGUAAAUUAAACAAUCUGCUCCUCAAAUAACUAAUAGUGGGGGGUACCUCUACCGCAAUCUUAAGAGCAGAUGGUAGAUGUAUUCCCAUACCAUAACUUUGAAUACAAUAUGGUCAGUUAAUGUAGCAGUGAAGUAUAUUCACUCUCUAACAGGCUGGAAAGGAUGGAUAUUCUGUACUCUUACAGCAUGGAGAGACUAUAGGUGUCACUGUUCUGGGAAAACACUGCACUAAAACCUUGUAGGUAAACUUGAGUAUCUCCUUUUACUUCAGUCUUAAACUUGACCUUAAAAAGGGGGGAGGGAAGUUAGAAAGGUUCUUCCUUCUGAUGAUACUAUAGCUGAAUCAUUCUUCCUAAACAGAGGCUGUAGAGCUGCUGUUAGCCAUAGGCUAAGCAAUAGCUGAAACACUUUUGUUGUUGCUGCUAAAUUGUUUGCACAGAUAAAGGGAUAGAAGGGCUUUGUGACGGGGUUCCCUCACCACUCAUGGCACAGCCUCCUGGCCGUCAUGGGGAGUAGCUCUGCGGGGGCUUCACCCUCCUCAGCACUCGCUCUACCCAUCUUCUCUCAGAGCAGCAUUUUCUGGUUUGUGGCUUGGUCCUCCGGCCAGGUCACUCAGUUCCUCCCUUUCCAGGGAAAUCACAGUCCUUCUAGACCAGCUGUCUCUCUGAUGUCUCCAGUGCUGUGUCACUACCCAGGCCCACCCUCUACACUGGGUUCCAGCCCAGGGACCCUAUAACAUGCAGCCAAGGCCUGUACUGUCCUAGCCCUUGUUGCUGUUUCCCUGGGCUGCUUCCUACAACCUUCCUCCUCAUAGGAAUACUGCAGACUACCUCCCUGUAGCCCCUUCUACUCUCAGCUCCUGGGCUUUAUAGAGGCCCCUCCUGUUCCUGCCCAGCUGGGCCUGCUUUAAUGAACCCCUGCUCCUUAGCUCCUCCAGCAGAUACAGCCUGGGGAGUUAAUUGGCCUGCCUGUCAUCUUAACCCCUCAGUCCUGUGUGGGGUGGACAUGCCAUCACAUACUCUGUUCCUCAGGCCUACAACCCACAGGGCUGUGGUGGCCUCCUGCCCUGAAUUUCCUUGAGCUUUGCCCGCAGGUCAUCCUUCUCUUGUUCUGUCUCCUCCACCAGGAGACACAAAUUAUGCUGGUCGUCCGAGGCAUCCCUAUAGUUUUCGUUUUGGAACUCUAGAUCUUCUUCAGCUAUUCACAGGGCUUGCUCUUCUGCUGCUAGCUUCCCCUAUAGCUCCUUCACUUGUCCCCCACCGGCUCCCUCAGGCUUUGAAUUCCCACCAUAACUUGCUCUGCUUCAGUGUUCAUUCCUAUGUGUGUGGGCCCUCUCCAGUCCAGUCAUCUGUUAACCUCCUUACUACCUCCUCCUGGGUGUGUGGGAUGACCACCUGCCGGGUCCAUAGUGAUUGCUGCUGUCUCUAUCCUGACAGUCUCCGGCAUGCUUUGGUCCCUGGACACCCCCUCUUUAUUUUCUAUUUCACUGGAGUCCAUGAAAUACCCUUUUGCUAUCCCGCCCUUUCUUAAGGGGGCAGUGCCUGCUUAUAUGGCCAACCUCACAACACCCAAGGCAAACUCUUUGCCUUGUGUUAGCAGUAGUCUUCCAAUUAGCCUUCUUCUGUCCAGCCCCUUCUCCUGGGCUAGUCUUCACCUCAUAGCUCAUAUGUGGGCAUCCCUUCUUACUCCUGGGGGGAUUCUGCACCAAAAUAUUCAAAAUUCUGCAGCAAAAAAUUCUGCAUACUUUGUCAAAAUAAUGCAAUAUAAUCACACCAGUUUCAA